ACUUGGCCCAUAAACCCUGAACCCUAUAGUCAGGGACAUGUACCAGCGGCAUAAACCAGCGUACUGACCUACAUAUAACCACCAGACCGACUUGAAUUGUUAUGCCACUGACCUUGUUACAGCCUGCUAACAUGUUACUGCACGCGCGGCUCAGUGGGUAGCGUUAGCGUUAGCUGCUCUCGUUAGCCGGGGCUAGGCGGCCAAGUGGAGCUAGUUGGGGCGACAACAUCAGCACAUCUGAGGGCGAUUUUAAUUUCACUGAUGAUGGCAGUGACCUACGGACCGGGACCAGACUACUAACAGUUAGUUAGCGUUAGGUUAAGUCGUUAGCGUGAUGUGUGUGUAACUGUUUUUGUGGAAUGUUGCAGUUAACGUUGUUUCAUGAAUCGCAGCUGGACUGAUGCUGUUCUUCCAACAUCUGGACUAAACCUGAACUGGCUUGUCAGGUUCUUCUACCCGCGAGACAGCGAGUUACUGCCAUGUCUAGACGAAGCAGGAACAGUCGCGCAUGGAGAUACGUCUGGGGUGGGAUACGGCGGGAUGCUGAUGCCCGGGCACUUGUUUUGGCCUCUGAAAGUGAGGAAUGGAGCUAUGACCGCCUAGAGUACAGUGAUUCAGACUCUGAGGCCGACUUUUCAGCAGUGAUGGUCCCUCCAGUCCCCAGUGCAGUGCCUGUCACCGGAGAGUCCUACUGUGGCUGCGAUUCCCAGGCUGAGACCAGCUACAACCCUCGCCUGCGAGGUUUUCACCAAAUUAGAGACUGCCACUGUGGAGAGGAUGACCAAGAAUUUGAAUGGGUGUGGGAUGCCAGCAGCCGAUCGACAGCAACAUUACUGAGUUGCGACAAUCGCAAAGUGAACUUCCAUUCUGAAUACAGCUGUGGUACAGCUGCGAUCCGUGGCUCCAAAGAGCUGUCUGAAGGGCAGCACUUCUGGGAAAUCAAGAUGACGUCCCCAGUGUAUGGAACAGACAUGAUGGUGGGCAUUGGUACUUCUGAUGUCAACCUAGACAAAUACAGACACACGUUCUGCAGCCUUUUGGGAAAAGAUGCAGACAGCUGGGGUCUUUCUUACACUGGCUUGUUGCAUCAUAAAGGAGACAAGAUGAACUUCUCUUCUCGGUUCGGACAGGGGUCCAUCAUCGGAGUCCAUCUGGACACAUGGCACGGCACACUUACUUUCUUCAAGAAUCGAAAGUGUAUAGGUGUUGCUGCCACAGAGCUACAAAAUAAGAGAUUUUAUCCCAUGGCGUGCUCCACAGCUGCAAAAAGCAGCAUGAAGGUGAUCAGAUCCUGCUCUGCGCCCACCUCCCUGCUGUACCUUUGCUGUGCUCGUCUUCGCCAGCUGCUGCCAGACUGUAUGGACACCCUGGACGUGUUGCCGCUGCCGCCAGGCCUUCGUCAGCUGCUCCACAACAAACUGGGUUGGGUGCUCAGUCUCAAUGGUGGCGCCACAGAAGAAACCCCAGAUGGGCCUGAGCGCCCCUCACAAUUGCCUGUCCCUCCCUUGGCCGGACCGUGCUCCUCUGAGAGUGACUCAGAGGGUUGUACGUCUGACCCUGAAGCCUGUCAGAGGAAAAGAUGCCGCUGGACAUGACUGGACAGCUUGAAUCCUACCUCCUCAUUAACACUGGCAGAGGUCACUGUCCUAUGGCAUCUAAUAUAGUGUUACCUCUCUCAAGCUUUCCUCAACGUCAGUGUUACACAGUAGUGAAGAGAAUAACCAGGAUCAGUUGAGCAGAGAGAGUGGUACGUAGGUCAAAAACUGUGAGGGCAGUAUUCCUGCCAUUUUAUUACUGUGAUCUUCUCUCAUGCCAUUCACAUGUCUUCAUGCUCAUCAUACACUCUAUAUCCAAAACCAGCUUCAGUAAUAAGUUAAAAGAUAUGAAUUAAUUUUUUUAGUUAGCAUAAUUUGUUGCGGAUCUGUUGCCAUUCAUGAAUGGGGAUUAGUGAAAUUGUGCACGAAUGGUACACUCAACUGUACAGUGUGACACUGAAGUAAAGUAAGGGUAUAUUUUGGUGGUAGUCAUGGUAUAUUUACGGAGCAGGUGUUUCAAACAUGAGAGACUGUUUAGGUAUUUCCUGUGUUUUUUAUCCUGUAUGCAAAUAUUGUACAUUGUUCUUAACCUAAACGCUAACCAUGCAUUAUCAAAGUAAUCUGUUACCAGUUUCACUGGCAUCUGCGAUUUUGUGGUUUCACAAAUGUUAGAAGGAGGUGGAAUGAACCUUAGUGCACUUUGCAGCUUUCAGUCUCUCCAACAAUGAAACUAUUCCUCUUUGUCUGUCAUGGAACAGCUCUCAUCCCCAAACCACUCAUGCACGUCUGAUAGCUCAUCAGAUUAUCGAAAAAAGUUACAAGUGAAAUAUUUGUUACAUUCAUAGCAACAUCAACCUGUCACUUU